AAUAUGGUUCCCUUGAUAAUUUUCAUUUCCAUAUUGUGUUUCGUUGGAUCCUUGGCAAAUACGGAACAUGAAAAAUAUUUGGAGGCACGGCUUUCUCGAACAGAGGCAGAUUUAAAAGAACUACGAGAUGAUGUAAACAUUCUCAAACUACAAAACAAGGCUUUGCUAGACGCCAUUGGAUCGCGGAACAAGAAAGAAAAACGUCUUCUGCUUGGGCCGACCUCAGUUCAUCAUCAGUAUGUCACAUUCUACGCCAGACUUUUGAAGCCGUACACAACACUGAAUGAUCGGGAAACAAUCGUCUUUGAAAGCGUCGUCACAAACGCCGGGCAAGGAUACGAUGGAAACACGGGGAUCUUUGUCUGUCCUGUCAGCGGUUUCUAUCAGUUUGCUUCUACAAUCGUGUCAGAAAGUGGAACUGAUAAAAAUAUAGACGCUGAACUGAUGCACAAUGGGCAACAGAUAGCGCACCUGCAUGCAACACUGUACGGAUAUGACGAAGGAACCCAGAUAGCCAAUAUACACUGUGCUCAAGGGGAACGAGUUUGGAUCCGUCACCUUCAAGGUGCUGGAGAUUCCAGAAGAAUGCCAGCUGGAUAUAGUUCCUUCUCAGGAGCGCUUCUUAGUGCAGACUCCCCUUAA